AUGGGCUGUGUAACAUCAAAAAAGAAGAUGCCAAUUCCAACAAGAAUUUCCAAAGUCUCAGACCUAAAAGUUCAACCUUCAACAUUUGUUGUUGAAAACCAUGAGCGUUUUCAAGAUGUCUAUAGUAUAGGAACAAGUUUAGGCUCAGGGACUUUUGGCGAGGUCCGAAAAGUUAUUCACAGGAGCAAUCAUUCAGAAAGAGCAGUCAAAAUUUUCCGUAAAGAUCUCGCCACCAAUGAAGAAAAGAAACAAAAAUUACUGAAUGAAAUCGAAGUUUUAAAACGUUUGGAUCAUCCAAACAUCGUUCGGGUCUAUGAAUUUUUCGAAGACACGAAACGGUUCUAUAUAGUCAUGGAGCAUUGUAAAGGUGGAGAACUUUUUGAAGAGAUUAUCAAACGAAAAUCUUUUAAUGAAGUCCAAACUGCUCAAAUAGUCUAUCAAAUCUUAUCUUAAUCUUAAUCUUAAUUAUUUAUAACGUUUUGCGUCCUCUACGGGUAGCCUUGUCCAGAGCUGCCACCAUAUUUAUCCACGUGUCGGGCCCAUGGACCUCUGGAUUGACUCACUUCGAUUCGCUAAGGCAUGAGCAAAUACGGCGUUCUGGCUUCAAUGGGUAUCAAAUCUUAUCAGCAUUAGCAUACUUACAUGACCAUGAGAUUGUUCAUAGAGACAUUAAGCCUGAAAAUAUUUUAUUAGAAGAAAAAGGUGAUAUAAUGAACUGCAAAUUGAUUGAUUUCGGCACAGCUGCAUUUUUCGAAAAAGGAAAGUUGUUAAGAGGCUCUAUAGGAACAGCCUAUUAUAUAGCGCCAGAAGUUUUGGUAGGAAAUUACUCAGAAAAAUGCGAUUUAUGGAGCUGCGGGGUGUUGUUGUUUAUAUUGUUAUGCGGAUACCCACCAUUUGAUGGAAGAAAUGAUGUAGAAAUCAUUGAUAAAGUUAAUAGAGGACAUUAUGAAUUUAAAGGCGAAAUCUGAAAGCAUAUUUCUUCUGAGGCAAAAGACUUGGUUUCAUCUUUGCUUUCUCCUGAACCUACAAGACUUACAGCGUCUGAAGCGUUGACCCAUCCUUGGGUCGCUUUAAAUUCUCAUCGAACCAUGCCAAACACUACAAUUAUGGACGCUGCCUUAAAAAACCUAAAAAAUUUCCAUAACACAAGUAAGCUCAGAGACGCUGUAAAUACUUUUAUCACGACUCAAUGCAUUUCUCAAAAGGAUACAAAAGAACUCAGAGACGUUUUCAGAGCAAUGGAUACCAAUGGGGAUGGAAAAUUGAGCAGAGAAGAGUUGCUAAAUCAGUUCUCAAAGACAAUGGGAUACAACGCAGCAUCUGAUGAAGUUGAUAGGAUUAUGGCUGAAGUAGAUACUGAUAAUAAUGGGUAUAUAGAUUUAUAAUUACUAUAAAUUUUAUAUGUCUACCCUCAAAAUAUUAAAUUUUUAGUAUCAAAAACAGUGUUUAUGUAUUGGGAAAUUACCAUAAAUAGCUUUGAUUUGAGAUUAAUAGAUAGAGCCAUAUAGAUUAUACAGAAUUUUUAAAGGCGACGCUUGAUAUUAGAACUGUGAUGUCCUCAGAAAACAUGAGAAGGGCUUUUGACUUGUUUGAUAAGGAUGGAAGCCAAAGCAUUUCCGCAAUGGAAUUGAAAAAAAUUUUAGCUGGUGAAGCUAUCUCUGAAAAUAAGGUGUGGGAAAGUAUUGUCAAAGAAGUAGAUCAAAAUGGAGACGGAGAAAUUGACUUUAAUGAAUUUCAGCAAAUUAUUUUAAGUAAGCUUUAA